UUUCUACUCCAAAUUCACUCUUGCUGUGUUUCUAUCUCCACACGAUGCAGAUAGAGAAUUUGUUACACUUCGCUAACUUCAGCACCCUGUGUGUGUGCAUGGUGCUGAAGUUUCCGCAAAUUUUUGUACUGAUGCGAGCAAAAGCAGCGGCGGGAGUCAGUUUCAACAGCCUUCUCCUCGAGCUCGUCGGGUACAUUGUUUUUGUGACCUAUCAGAUGUACUAUGACUACCCUCCUCCAACGUACCUGGAAUAUCCCAUUCUCAUCGCUCAAGACGUGGUUCUUCUCAUCCUGGUUCUCCACUACAGCGGCAAACUGCGCUACAGCCUCAUCUACGCCAUAGUGUUCAUCGGGGGUUGGAGGAUCCUCACUGUGGAGAAGUGGAUCAUAGAUUUGGCUAUGAGCCUGUGCACAUUCAUCAGUGCAGGCAGUAAGUUUGCUCAGCUGCAAUGCCUGUGGAAGUCUAAGGAUGCUGGGCAGGUUAGCGCCCUCUCCUGGGGUAUGGCUACCUACACAUGUAUGGCGAGGAUUUACACCACCACGGUGACGACUGGAGACACACAGGUUCUGGUGCGCUUCAUCGCCAUGACCCUGCUGAACCUGUGGGUGCUGCUCACAGUGAUUUACUACCAGAGACGCAGCAGCAGCAGCGCCAAGAAAGACGACUGAAAAGCUUUUUAAAAAAAGUUUGGAUCUCGACUGGCCGUUGCGUAAUUCUGCUGUUCACCUCAGUCCUCCAGUUCUGUUCACCAGAGAGUUUACUCUGUUACUCUGGACGCAGCCGGUGACUGGAAGACCAAGCUGAAGGGGGGAGAGUGGUUAUCUAAGAAGCUUUUGUAAUACUGACCUGUAAAAUGUGCUUUUUUAUAUUGUUUUUACCUCAGUAUUAAACCCACACUUUACUUUUUUUUUUUUAAUAACAGUCCAGUGACUAAAUAAUGACUAUACUGUAUGAGUGGGAAAUGUAGUGUUCUAAAGGUAGUAAGGCAGCACAAGCAAAGUACAUCUGAGCUCUUCAUACUCAGGAGAAAUACUGUAUUUUUGAAUUGAUUUUAUACAUGUGAAGUUCUUUUCUGAACUAUUUUAAUAAACAUUUCAGCUUGUAACAGUGUGCUCAUUCCAGUGUGCAGCAUUAUCACACCCACAAUACCUAAAGACAAAAAAAAUAGUCCCAAACCAAAAGGCACAUCCAUGUCUUUAUUGUUGAAGUGGUAAAUUAUUAUAGAGCAGUUUGGUAGCAAACAUGCAAUCUUGGAUGUAGAGCCCUUAAAUACAAAGUGGACACAGCUGUAUAAAUAAUAUAAUGUGCGCUGUAUGGCAUGUAAAAUAUAUACUGUGUAUAUUUAUAUGUAUAAAACAUGCUUCUUGGUUAAAGGAGAGCACUCGAUACACGCACACACACACACAGACACGCACGCAUACAUACACUCACACAUACACACAGUUACUCUCCAUCUGCUAUAUGAGCCACAUACACACAACAAUGUGCCCAAACUCAGAGUUUGGUUACUUUUAAUACAAAAAUAUCAGGACAAAAACACUUUUUUUUU